ACUGCCCGUUUUUAGUCCCCACCCCACCAUGUGAUCCUUCCCACUUUCUCUCUCUACCUAUACAUACACAUAUCUUGCCUGUUUAUAUGCGCGCGCCUCAACACCAGAGGAUCUCUGUGCUUCACCACUGCCCCUCUCUGAGAUCUUCUCGCAUGUGUAUAUGUGCUCUUGUGCUUAUUUAUUUAAGCACAGAGCUUUCCAAAAGAACAAAGUGAUGACAGCGCAUUUUGGGUUUCUUUUAGUGAUACAGUGAGAUUUGCGGAGACGGAGAUGGUGAAGAGUUGUUCAAUCUUUAUCCUCCUUUUUGCCCUCUCCAUUUGCCUCGGCUUAACUCCAGCUGAUUCUUUGCACCCCAGAGAGCCCUUGAGGGUCAUUGUCGACCUAGGGAAGGAAACACUGGGAUCUUGGAAGGAUGGGGUGCUUCAAGAUACCACUGAAGUGCUAGGUUCAAGCAAUAAGGGGCUCAAUGGUACACUUGUUUUGGGUGGAAACAGGACAAGGAGGCCAGACAUUCUUUCUGGAUUUCACAAAUACAGAGGUGGAUGGGAUAUUGCCAAUAAACACUACUGGGCUUCUGUUGGUUUUACAGGUGCUGCUGGGUUCAUUUUUGCUGUGCUAUGGUUUAUUGCUUUUGGAUUUGCCCUGGUGGUGCACCAUUUCUGCGGGUGGAAGAUAAAUAUCAAGGAUGAGGAAACACAUUGUUCACAAAAAAUUUGCUUAAUCGUUCUUAUUGUUUUCACUUGUGCUGCAGCGAUUGGAUGUAUUCUUCUUUCCGUUGGACAAGAUGAAUUUCAUGCUGAAGCUUUAGAUACAUUGAAAUAUGUUGUGAACCAGUCCGACUACACUGUGCAAACAUUGAGAAAUGUGUCGGAGUACCUAUCACUUGCAAAAACUGUUAACGUGGCCCAGAUUUACCUCCCUUCAGAUGUUAAAGAUGAUAUUGAUCAUUUGAACGUGGACUUGAUUAAUGCAGCUGAUACACUAGAGGAGAAAACAGACGAAAGCUCAGGAAAAAUAAGAAGAGUCUUCAAUAUUAUGCGGUCAGCACUGGUCACAGUUGCAGCAGUGAUGCUUAUCAUCUCUAUUCUUGGGCUUUGCUUAUCUAUCCUUGGCCAUCAACAUGCAAUUCACAUAUUCAUAAUCAGUGGAUGGUUGCUGGUGGUGUUGACCUUCGUUCUUUGUGGAGUUUUUGUCAUCGUUGACAAUGCAAUUUCCGACACCUGUAUGGCCAUGGAAGAAUGGGUCGACAAUCCUCACGCUGAAACUGCACUCAGCAACAUCCUUCCUUGUGUUGACCAGAGAACCACAAACCGGACACUGAUCAAGAGCAAACAAGUUGUCGUUGACGUUGCAAAUGUUGUCAACGGAUUUAUAGACACCUAUGCCAAUGCCAAUCCUACUGAUCCAGUCAAUUCUAAUUAUUACAACCAAUCUGGACCUUUUAUGCCUCAUCUCUGUUAUCCUUACGACUCCCAGCUGCAAGAUUUGCCGUGUCCAUCAGAACAGGUUUCUGUGGCAAAUGCCUCAUUGGUUUGGCAGCAAUACAUCUGCAAUGUGUCUGCAUAUGGUUUCUGCAGCAGUGUUGGGAGGGUGACCCCCGAUAUGUAUGGACAUUUGGUGGCGGCAUUAAACGUUAGCUAUGCUCUCGAGCACUACACCCUGCCACUGCUCGACCUUCAGAACUGCAAUUUUGUACGUGAUACAUUUCGAAACAUCACCUCUGAUUAUUGUCCUCCCCUGGAACACUAUCUCCGGGUCGUGAAUGCAGGAUUGGCUUUGAUCUCUGUGGGAGUCAUGCUUAGCCUCGCGCUUUGGGUUAUAUACACAAACCGCCCCAGAAGGGAGGAAGUUCUUGCAAAGCUUACUUCGAGAUUAAAAAGCAGUUGUCAUGGUAAGAGAAGUUCCAAUAGUAGUAAUCUCGAUUUAUCAUCGCGAGGCACAACUCCAAGAAACACUGUUUAUACAAUACAGUAAUUCAUUAGAUUUUUAGGAUACAAAAAUAGAAUUGUUUGACAUCCUGCAAGCCAAGCUCAAGAUGGGGCAAAGCACCACUUUAGAGUUGAGGGCUUUAUAGUAGCCAUUAUGUUGUCUUCAGUCAUUGUAUAUACAGUACUCCAUACUAUAUACAAUAUAUAAACUUAUUCUUGAUCUACA